AUGCAUCGGCGUGGUUUUUUGGUGUACAGUACACUAGAAAUAAGCUCGUCGUCGACAAGAACAUUCUUGGGUUCCGACCUUGGCAUCAAACAUCCCGCACUCGAGGUUCGAUACAAUCAGUCGGUCGGGAGCAGAUUUCCCAGCUGCUUGAAUAUUUGUCUCUGUCGGGAGGUUCUGGAGGGAUCUGCACCUCUCCUUCUCUCCACCCAUGUUAUUGUGCACCCAACAUACCCAUCCCACCAUGUACAGUUGCAGGAUCUACCCAAUCAACCGCCGUUGGGCCACUCCGAAAGCCCUGAUGAUGAGUACUCUUUCUUCGACUACAAAUCUGGGGCUUUACACACCUCGACUACAUUCAUCCUUUCUUGA